CCGCGUUUGCUGCUCGCUGAAGAAAAAUAAAAUUAACCAGGAGCGCAAAAAACGCGAAUCGCAAAUUAUCUGCGCAGCUAUUUAAACCAACGGGAUCGAAAAGAGCCCGACCUCCACAUUGAGAGCUACCAAAGAGGCCCAGGAAUUGUUUUAGUCACAUCUCUAAAAUCCCGCAGAGGAGCAACGUUUCUAAUAAGCAAGCAUACAUAAAUGGUUUCUACUUUCAUUGGUCUAUUAGACAUUCAAUCAUGGUGGGAGAUACCGUGUAUUUCGCAUUUCUGUUCAUUGUUUAGUUCCGCCUUUGAUCUGCCCGACAUCGACAUCGAGGACCUCGAAUCGGCGCUGCUUUCCGAUGGUACCAGCGAUGAAGAUCAGGUCGCCUUAGUGCCCGAGUUAAUUGUGCGCCUGCUAAAGGGCUGCGAUGCGCUACAGUCGGUAGCCAAGGAAAUCACACACAGCAACUAUCAGAUGUUCUUGCGUCGCUUCCUGCGCCAACAGUGUCGCCUGCACCAGACCGAGAACCAUUUCGACACGGACAUUGACUUCCAGUCGCUGCCCGUGCGCAAACGCCUGCACAUCCUGCACGAUCUGUGCCACUUCCGCCUGGACUCGACCGAUGUGCAGGUUAUCCUCAGCAAUCUAGAGGCGGACAGUCUGCGCGUGGAGCCCCUCGGCUACGACGCCAAGAACUCCGGCUAUUGGUAUUUCUACGGCACGCGGCUAUAUCGUGAGGAUAAGGCCACCAGCGGUGCGGCAGCCUCCAGUUCGGCUUCGGGAUCAGGGAGCGCAGGUGCAUCAACUGGCGGAGCGUCGAGCAGCAAGGGCAUCGGCAGCAACGGCACCGUCUGGCAGGUCAUCUGCUUCACCGAGGAGGACUGGCAGAAUUUGGCUGCCAAGUUUAAGACCUCGACGAACGCCAAGGAGCGCGAACUCUUUCACAUACUCGAUGACAACUUCCUGCCUAAGUUGCCGCAGCUUUUCCGCGAGCGCGAGCGUUUGAGGCGCAGAAAACUUCUGCAAGUACGCAAUUCCAGCCGCAUCCGGAACAUUGCUGAGUUGAAAGCGCGUCAAGAGGAAGAGCGCCAGCGUCGGGAGCGGGAAAAUAUUUACCAGGAACGGCAAAACGCGCCCUGGCUGGCACCGCCCCAGCAGCAGCAGCAGCAACAACAACAGCAGCAACAGCAACAGCAGCAGCAAUCCCAGCAGCGCACACGCAGACGAUCUCAAUCAACAUCAACUGCUAGUGGUAUUUCAACCUACGCAAGCUCCCUCAGACGAACAACCACAACUAAUUCGAGCGAAUUUCUGUGCCACAGGGAAACCUUCUGCCUCUCGCCAGAAAACGAAGAAGACGACGACAACAACGACGACGAGGAGGAGGCUAUCGACGCGGAUCAGCAGUCAGAUCAGCCAGAACACCAGCAAGCAGACGAGCAGCCUCCAGAGGAGGAGCAGCGGCAGGAACCAGAGGAAUUAUUAGCUGUCUCAGCAACUGGAGACGAUUUUCGCUCUCCAGAAGCACCGAAAUCGCAAACGCCGGCGGAAUUGAAGAGUAAGGGUAGUCACCACCACCAUCAUCAUCAUCACCACAAAAAGAAAAAGUCGGGCAAAAAGCAAAAGAAACGCCAUCAUCGAGAUAGAGAUCGUGAGCGGGAUCGCGAACACCAUCAUCAUCAUCGGCGGCGACACAAGCAUGCCUCAGAGGCAGACGAAGGCGAGGACGACAACAAUAACCACAACAGUAACAGCAAUAGCAACAGCAACACCAAUAGUACCAGCAGCAACAAUAGUGCCCAGCCCAAGCGAAGACGCAGUGGCCAGCAGCAACAUCAUCAUCAGCAGGUACAUACAGCCGAGCCUUCUACUUCUUUAAGUCCUGAGGACAAGGAGAACUUUUGUAGGCAGCUACAACUUCUGGACACCAAUUCGGCGGCUAUUGCUGUAGCCACGAGUAUAGCUGAUCUCAGUCUGCCAUCGCCGGUGGCACAUGAGAGCGAAUCGGACCAGGAAGAGCAGGUUGAUCAAGCCGCAGCAGUAGAACCAGUUCCGCCACCGCCACCACCAGUUGCUUCUUCAAUGGCGCCAGCGGCAAAUGUGAAAUUGCCCGGCAGGCAAACAAACAAUUCGCUGAGUUCGCUGACUGGAAAUAUAUUCAUACCGGGAGGAAGUGCACAGCAACAGCAACAAACACAGCAGCAGCAAUCUCAGGAGCCGCAGAGCAGUAGCAGUAGCAGUCACAGUGGCACCACGACAACCGCCAGCACUGUACGUUCCAAGAAACAGAAGGCGGUGCUGAACAGCAGCGGGAGCAGCAGUACCAGCAAAGUGGCGGACAAGGCGGAUCGGAACUUGAGCAAGGCGGAGGCUAGCAAGUCCAAAAAGUCGGCGGCAGGCUCUUCGGCGUCUUCAUCUUCCAGCAAGGCGGAACGGAACAGCGGUGCCUACUCGGACAAGAGUGGCGAUGACCAUGUAAAUAGUAGCAACCGUAGCACCACCAACAACAACAGCAGCCUUAACAACAACAACAACAACCAUAAGCACGCGUCGCACCACAGUCACAACAACAACAACCACUCGACGACGGCAUCGGCUACAACAACAACAACAGCAACAACGACAACGUCGCAGGGAUAUCAUAAUAACUCGAAUCAUAAUCAGAAUAAUCACAACCACCAAACCUCCCACUCACAUCAUACCACCCACCACCACCACCAUCAUCAUCAUACAACUAAUAAUCACAGUAACAAACAUAAAUCCAAGACGCACCACUCCCUAACCCACAACAACAACAACAAUAAUCACACAACAAAUGCAACAAGCACAUCACAACACCACCCAGUAAACACAAACAACAACAAUUCAACGUACAACUCCUCCAAUCAUGCGAAUAUUCUUAGCUUUACCGAAACGGAGGAAGUCCUGCAAAUCGGGAUGCACAAGGUGCUCGUCUACGUGAAGAACCAUCGGGAUGCCUGGCCAUUUGUGGAUCCAGUGGAAGAGGAUAUAGCGCCGCGCUAUUACUCGAUCAUCAGGAGACCCAUGGACCUGCUGAAGAUGGAGGACAAACUGGACAGUGGGGAAUAUCACAAAUUCAGCGAAUUUCGGAACGACUUUCGCUUGAUUGUCAAUAACUGUAGAUUGUACAAUGGGCACAAUAAUGAAUACACGGAGAUGGUUAACAAUCUUCAGGAUGCUUUCGAGAAGGCCACCAAAAAGUACUUUGAUAAUCUCUCCGACGACGAGGACGAUGAUCCCAAUCUGAGCUAUCCCGCCGCCGACUCAAAGAUGAACGUAUUUCGCGAGAAGUACUUUAGCAAGAAGGCAAAGGAAGAGACAGAAAAGGAUGAAGCAGAUCGCCCUGGGAGCAGUGCCGAGGAUGAUCUCAGCGAGAUCGAAGCGGAGGCUCCUCAAAAAGCACAGAAGCGCAAGCGUAAGGAAAAAGACAAAAGACGGAAAAAGAAAACGAAGAGUAAGGUGGAUGUGGAAACGGAUGACGAGGGUUUGGAGUCCGAGAGGGAACCAACGCCACCGCCUCCACCUCCUCCGCCAACCAGUAAGAAAAGCAAAACAGGCAAGGUAGCCAAGGAAAAGGAGAAAGAUAAGGAAAAGGAAAGAGAUAAGGAGAAGGAAAGGGAUAAGGAGAAGGAUAGGGACAAGGAGAAGGAAAAGGAGACCAGUUCCUCUAAAAAGGGACGUAAGAGUAAGGGCGAAAAAUCCACUACUAAGCCCAGCAAACAGCAACAAAAGACCAAAAAAGGGGCCAAGAAGUCAGCGCCCGAAUCAGACCUAGAGUCGGAUCUCAGCGAUAGUCGCGGGAGUGAGGACUACAGCGAUGAUGACCACAUAACGUUGGCCAAAACCAAGUCACUGGUUAAACCGACAGCUCGAACGAUAGCGGCCCAGAAAAAGAAAUCGGUGCCAGCUGAGUCCAAAGUUAAGAUGCCCACUCCAGUGAAACGCCAAGUUAAAGGCAAGGGUAAGGGAGGACGUAAGGCUAAGGACGACUCACUGGACAGCGAGCAAUCCGAUAUGGAUGUAAAGAAACAACUUCCACCAACGGCAGCUGCUGCUUUAGCCGAAUCAGCCGCCGAGCUGGAGGAAGAUGGUGACGAUCAGGCCGCCGAUGAAGAUGAUGAUGAGGACAGCUCGCGGUCACGCAGCAUGUCACCCUUCAAGGUUGAUCUCCACAAGAAAUACUCAAAAAGUGCCCUUAACGAUGAUCUCUCCGAGCUGCUGACCACCGUGAAAAAAGUUCCAACUGCGGAAACUACCAAACUGAGUGCCCGGCACCAGGAUGAAGCGAAUGAGGAAAGAUCCUUCCGAGAGUCUGAUGGGGACUUUAAAUCCCUGAGCAGCAGUCGGGCCAGCUCUGAGGAGCGACCGCCGGUCGCAAAGAAAGGAAAGAAGGGGGAAAAUUCCAAAAAAGAGAAGGAAAAGAAGAGCAAAGACAAAGAUAAAGAUAGGGACAAGGAUAAAGACAAGGACAAGUCCCGCAGCACUAAGCACAAGAAGACUAAAGAUGAAUCCCCCCAACUUUCAGCAGCCGCCGCUGCAGCCGCAGCCGAGCAGGCUGAACUGGAGAUGCUGCUGCCCUUCAUGGACAAGUACGAUGUGAUCAAGUACCGACGUAGUCGUGCUGCCCUAAGUGGUUCAAGUGCCUCUAACUCGAUAGCUCCCUCCGAGGACUCCAAACCAGCAAGCACCAAGAGCAGUCGGGAGAGCAAAAAAGCUGCAUCGAAGCGGGAAAAGUCCCCUGAUCCUGUGGAGCACAAGCGGGGGCGUAAGAGCAAAGACCAAAAACGAACAAAGGAGUUAGACAAACCGGAGAAAUCUGAAAAGGCUUCCAAAAUUGACUCCGAUAAACAAUCAGAAAAAUCAAAGAAAAAGGAGGAGCAUCCCAAAGUGGUGGAAAAACCUCCAAGAGAAAAAUCACCUGCAACGGUAGCUCCUUUGGAAACGAUAAAAGAACCUCCAGCUCCAACUCCCGCGCCUACACCAGCGCCCAGUAAGGCGAAAGAACCUUCUGGUAAAACGGCAGCUAAGAAAAAAACCGACAAGCAAAUGCCGCCUCCUCCAAAACCUGCCGAUAAAACAAGUGAAAAGGGAUCUGGUAAGAAGGCUUCCAGCAAAAAGGCCGCCCAGAAGGCGGGUCAACCGCAGACCAACAACAACACAAAUCUGGAAGCAUUGGAUGUGGAGACAGAGCAGACCCUCAAAGACAUCAAUCGCUGGCUGGAGCACACCCCCCGGUUCACGGAGUUUAGUUCGGCUAGUAAUUCACCUUCCCGAUAUAAUCUCUUGGAUGAUUUUGACUCGGGAAUUGGUAGUAAACUGGAUGCGGCCGAUUUUCGACGACCAGUGGCAUUGGCUGCUCCAAAGGCUGAAUUGGUACCAACUAAAUUGGCAGAGGCACUCAACGAACUAGUGAGCGAACCAAAGGAGGCAGUUAGCAAAUCUGAAUCCGAGUCAGUAGCUCCAACGCCGAGCAGUGUUAGCAGCAGCUGUGGAACUCCACCGCAUUCGAUGCACUCUGGAAACUCCAUUGGCAGCACAUCCGCUACAGCGGCUUCCAGUUCGAAUUGCUCCAAUAAUUCGAUGCCCACUCCUUUACCCGCCGUAGUUACUCCAACCCCAGCACCUGCUCCUCCACCACUUCUUCCGGUUCCCAAACCAAAGGAACCAAGUACCACUCAACUUAUUCUUAAUCCACCACCUCCGCCACACAUUAAACAGCAGCUGGCCAAGGAGGCCAAGCGUAAGUCCUUGAAAGAAAAGCAGGCGGCUCAGGCUGCACAAGCUCAGCAGGUGAAAGCCAAGACGAAUGUAAUGAGAACCAUCGAUCGGCUUCAACCAGGCAAAACCAAGGGAAAUCUGUUGCAAAAUGUGGCAGCUGGAAAGACAGCGGAGGAGGGAGCAGACUCUCACGCUAGUACAAAUCCAGUAGCCACUAAGGUGAAGGAGCUGAAGAAUGCUCUCAUCACGGAAACAUGCGAGGGAGCACCGAAACUAAGUUUGGGUACGGUUCUUAAAACCCAGGACUUUUCAUUGGGCAAAAGUCUUGAGGAAAUGUCAGGAAAGAAAGCUGGAGAUGAAGAUGAAACUCCAAAUGAAGAAUCAAAAUCGGAGAAUACUUCGACACCAACAACCCCUAACAAGGAGCCACCAAAACCUUUUGAAGCCCUUCUCGAACUGAGCAAAAUCGGCAAGUCCUCAGAAGCAUCGAAAACGGAAGCGAGUCAGAAGGAGAAGCCCAAUCUGAGUGCUUGGCUUAAAGCUUUUGGUGGUCCAAAGGUUAGCAAAAAAUCUGAGGACGACGACAAGCAGCAGACACCUUCCCUGGAUAUUCAAGGGGAUGCAAAGGUGGCACCACCAGCUCAUUCGCCUGCUGGGGAUAACUUUUCCCUGCCAACGGUGAUGCGUCAAAGGAAACCAAGCACCGGCAGCACGAAUUCUGAGAGAAGUUCCUUUAGCCAGGAUCCGGAUUCGCCAAGAAUCGCGAUCGAUGAGCGUUAUGGUUCCUAUGCUGCUGGUUCUUAUACCUCCCCUAUUGGUGCCUCGCCCAUUGGAGCAUCUCCCAUUAUGGUUUCUCCCAAGCCCAAUGAUGACAUGGGUAAACCAGCCUCUCCUUAUCCCCUGAAUGGAGCUAUUAAAGUUGGCUUCUACCAGGACACCACGACCAAAAGCAGUCCGGACAAGAGCUGCAGUCCUAGGGAGAUGAACUCUCCUUAUCCCCAAUACUCCCAGCAUAUCUACUCCUCCGCCUCGUCGCCUAAUGUUUCCACUCCGGAUAUGAGUGGAACAUCUCCGUACGGUGGUGGAAACAGCUACAAUCCUUCGGGCUCUGAGGCAUCUAAGACUCCGGCCUAUUCUUCCACAUCCCCGCUUCCAAUUUACGACCAAUACAAGCAACCGCGCUCCCAGGAAUCGGAUUACAACUCUUCGAUGAGUCCGAGCACUCCAAAUCCACAUUCGCCUUACCAACAACCUCAAAGCUCGCCUUACACCACCCCGCAGCAAUCGCAAUCGACGCACCCGUCGCCAUAUCAUGGCCAGUCGCCUUACCACCAGCAGCAGCAUUCACCAUAUCAUCCUCCCGCUGCUCAGCAGCAACAGCAAUCCACACAGCCAUCACAUAGUCCGGCAUCCCAUCAGCAGGCUCUUAGUCCGAUGCAUAGUGUGGAAUCGCCUGCAUCCUCGGCAGCUACACAGCCACCUACACCGUUGGCCCAAUCGCCGGCGGAGCAGCAGCACUCGCCGUACCAGCAGCCCGUAUUGUCACCUUAUCAGCAACCACAGCAACAGGUGCAGCCGCCCGUUGUUCCGCCAAUACAGCCUGCAACAGGUGCUGUGACUUCAACAGCCUUGAGCAACAAUGGUUAUGCAGCUACUCACGAUAGCUACCAGCAACUCCAGCAGCAACAGCGUUCUUUGUAUAACCCAGCCACUUUAAUAAAUCCUCUGCCGACUUCUGCGUCUUCAACUGCUUCCAUAACCAAGCCGAACAAUGAUUGGAGUCUAAAUCGCAGUCUUUUGCCGCCUACCAUCACCAACACUGUAAAUCAGGCGACACAGCAGCAGCAACAAGCUGGGCAGCUACAACAGCAGCCACAAAUGCAGACAACGCAGCAGCAGUUGCAAGCAACAAGCCAACAGCAGCAGCAAUUACAAGCAACAUCCCAACAGCAGCAGCAGUUACAAACUCCACAGCAGCAGCAGCAAUUACAGACACCUCAGGCACAGCAGCAACAAUUACAGGCACCUCAACAGCAGCAGCAACAGUUGCAGACUCCACAGCAACAGCAGCAACAGGUGCUGGGCCAUCAGCAGCAACUGAAACCGAAAUAUCCAACCUAUGCGCAAUAUCAGUCAACAAAUGCCGCAGCUAAUGCAGCAGCGGCAGCAGAUGCAGUUGAUAGUUUGCAACAGCAGCAGCAGAAGAUUGUGCCGCCAACUUAUGGCAGUGAUAUGGCCACAUUUAUGCAGCAUCAAAUGCAACAGCCACCCAAAACUGAUACGCUAAUAAAUCCACUGAAACGACCUGGAGAGGAAAUUGGUAUGGAUUACAGUGGAAAUGCGGGGAAUAAAAUGCAAAAAAUGGACGAGACUCCUGCGCAGCAGCCGCAGUUACAGCAACCGCAACAACAGCAGCAGCAGCAACCAACCCAGAACCAAACUCAAUCUCUGCUCAACAAGCAACAGCAAAUGUUUAACAGUUUCUUGGGAUCCAUGGCUUUUGGCAAACCUAUAGCUAAUAUUGCACCUGACAAGGCAUUUGAGAUGUAUAACCGAGCUGCAGCUAUGGGUUUCCCUAAGGACUUUGCAAAGGACAACAGUUGUCAACUGCAGCAGCAACAACAGCAGCAGCAGUCGCCACAAGUGGCUACAAAUAAGCAGCAAACAAACCAACAAACGCAGCAGCAACCGCAGCAGACAAACCAACAAUCGCAGCCGCACCUCACUCAACUUCAAACGGCACUUACUCAGAACUACCAGCAACAGCAGCAGCAAGCGCAGACACAAAAGUUACCACAACAACAGCAGCAGCAACAACAGCCGCAACAACUUAACUACCAGCAGCAGCAGACACAACAUAAUCACAACUAUACCCCGCAGCAACAGCAAACUUCAGUGCCGGACAAGACUCCGGCAACGCAGUCCGCAGUUUCUGCUGCGGUUGGCGAUACAACCAGCAACAUGAUGAACUUACCCUCGACCGCGCACCAGCAUCAUCUCAGUCAGACGCAUCACCUUGCUGCCUACAAUAAACCAACACCGCCUCCUCCACAAACGUACAGUAAUCCUUUGAUGCAAUCGAUGCUGGGCUAUGCCGGAAACUAUUUUGACAAGGCUAUGCCUCCGGCUGCCCAUAUGUACAGUGCCUCGAGUUCAGCAGCCACGGCCUAUGGAAAUCCUGCGCAACAGUUGCCAGGUAAUUACGUUCCCGGCAAUAAUAAUCCUGCACACCAGCAACAGCAACAGCCACAACAGCAGCAAGCUCCUGUAGUUGCCCCAGCGGAAGUGAAAGCUCCUGCGAAAAGGGGAAGGAAGAAGAAGGCAGCUACCAUUGCUGCAGAAGCAGCGGCAGCAGCAGCCAAGCAACAGCAGCAGCAGCAACAACAACAACAACAGCAGCAGCAGCAGCAACAACAACAGGCGCAACAACAGCAACAGGUGACCGCCCAGCUACAGCAUCAGCAGCAACAAGUGGCAGCCCAGCAGCAGCAGCAGCAACAACAAGUGGCCGCACAACAGCAGCAACAUCAAGCCAUGCCACAAUACAAUAUGCCGCAGUCAGUGGCCUCCGCCGCCGCUGCUACCAACAAUCAGCUGCAGGCGCACGCGCAGGCGCUGCACCAAGGCUUCCAAUUAUAUGCGGGCUUAAAGUCCGGUGGAGUAUCCUCGCCAGUGGGCGGCACAGCUGCGACGCCGGCAGCUGGUGGAACGACCAGUAAUCAGACGGCAGCCGAUGCGGCAGCCAUUUCACUGAAGACAUCUACGGGUGGAAUGGUUCCAGGGAGUGCCUUCAACUUUGCGCCCACACCAGGAGCUCUGGGCUUGUACGGCGACCAAGCUGCGGCAGCUAGCAGCUAUUUAGAUCAAUUCAGAGAUGCCCCGAAUCCGUACUAUAUGCCACCAGCGCCGGCACACAGCGGAGCGGCUGCAAACCCAAGUGGAAAUGCAGCGGAUAAGAGUCAAAACCCACUGAACACGGCAGCCGGAUCAUAUCCCUUCCUGGCGGCGGCACAUCCAUCUACCCGGGCAGCAGCAGCUGCAGCUGCUUAUCCCUUUGGCGAUCCCAAUUCGCAGCUGUAUCAGCAGUACCUAAGACGCGAUGACUUUCACACGCGGAUGAUAUUCAAUCAGAGUCUGUUGAGCGGGCCGGCAGCGGCGGCGGCAGCAGCCGGAUAUGGUCAACCGCCGCCGCCGCCAUCUGCCUAUCAACGGGCUGCACUGGGCAUGCCCAAGCCGUAUGACAUUAACCGGCAAUCAUGGUUUUAGCAGUACGCCAGUGCCGCCAACGUGGAUCUCCAAGGGGACGACCUGACGGGGGCGGCAACUGGAACAGCAUCGGGAUCAGCAGCAGCUUCAGCUUCGACUGCAGCUACACAGCGAUGAGAUCGAAGGAGUCUACAGGGCUAGAAAGGUUUCAAAUCCACAUGCAAAUUGGUUCCAAAGAGGUUAACAAACACCACAGUUUUCGUUUCCAUUUUCGAGUUUACCCGGCAAAGUUGUUUUAGAUUUAUUUAUUUUUUUAAAAUCUCUAAAAUGUAUUGAUAUUUCUAUUUAAGCUUAAAGGUUUAUCUAGUUUGUUUUCCAAUUAUUUAAUUAAUUUUUAUGGUAAAAGAUUUCUAAACUGGAAUUCCUGUGUGUAAAAGUAAACUUCUUGUUUUGUACUGAUAUUUGAUAUUCAUUUGCAAGACUCGAACUCCACUGCCCGCCCAACUUUCCCGCGAUUUUCAUUUUUUUUCUGUAUUCUAUGACCAUUUUCUUUUUGUGCAAUGUUUCCUUUUGACUGCAGUUGCGCCCUGGACUUUGGCCACGCCUAAUUAGCAAGUUUGUUGGUCUUUAGUUUGUAGUUACUUUUAGUGGUCUUUAGGUUAUAAGCCUUUUGUUAAUGACAAUUACUUUUAAUAGCUGUAGCUGCUAAUUAGGCCUCUAAUCUAAUUUAAUUAAACUUAAUUUGUUUUAAAUGCUUAACAAAAGAAACUAAGCAGAAUAAGCGAAAGAGAGGAAUAAUGCAAAAAAUUCAAAGAAUUACUCUAAAAGCGCUACCCCUGACUAUAAUUAGACUUUAGUUAUUUUUCCAGAAUUUAACUCGUAACUAUAGAAACUCGUGUAAAUGAACUACGAUUAUUAAUUUUAUUACUACUAUUGAUUAUGUACUAUGACUAUUGUAACUAUUAUCGAUUCGUGCUGCGGGCGACUUGUUAAUAUUUAUUAAUCCAACUAAACAAAGAGAGAUUCGCAACACACACACACA